AUGGCCGCUCUAACCGUCUAUUCUGCAGCUGAAAUGGAUGAUGUUUUGAACUCAUCUAAGCGACAACGAAAACCACCGGAAAGGUACAUUGUACUACCAUCGGAUUCGACGGAAAUGGAAACGGAUGAUGAAACACAAACAAAUCGAGGGCGAACGAAGCGAAAGGCUGAAGAUGAUAAAGAAGACAGUUUGCAGUUGCGAUUAGCUGAAUUAAAGAAAAAACAAUUGGCUAAAAAAAUAUAUAAAGAACCCGUAAAGAACGUUCCUAGGGAAGCUUCGUUGAAGGUUUCCUCUUCCUCCGUCGCGCCACCUAACUUUACUGAUGUAGACGAAAAGAAUAAUCUCGAAAUAAGAAAUGAAAUUCCUGUGAGAGAAUUGGAAUCAUUAAAAUCUGAAGCUGCCAAAGCACCACAGGAAAAGAACAUUUUUCAGAAGAAAUCUUUAAAUGAGAUUCCUAUGAAAGAAGUGGGAAUACCAAAACCUGAGAUCUCCAAAAGAUUACAGCAAAAAAAGAUUAACGAUAAGAAGUCUUUUCAGUCUAAAGUCAUCAAUUCAAAAACAUUACCAAUGAACGGAAAAGUGCUCAUGAAUUCUGUUGAAGGAGAAACGUUGAGACCUUCAAUAUUAUCAACCACACACAACAACUCCUUCAUGCAAGCUGUUAUCCAAAGAAAUCAAAAAGAUGUCUCCAAAGCGCAAGUUAGAUGUCUAUCUUUAACCACGUCACUAGAGCUUUGUAGGAAACGAUUGCAGACAGUCGAGAAGCAGAACGAAGCGUUAAGCAACGAAUUGAAAGCAAGAAAAUUAGCUUCUUUGAAAUCAGCAGAAAAAUUGAACGCAGCUAAGGACGAAUUGAAAAUCGAGACAGCUUUGAAUCGACGAUGGCAAGAAGUAUCCAUAGAUAAAUGUGAUACCAUCCAUGCAAUGUUCUCUGAAUUGAAAAAUACUCUCGAAAAACAAAAUAAAGAAGGACCAUUUGCGCCGAUUGGCCACGAAAGUUUAGACCGGAUUCAUUUAGGACGUUGAGUGUGGAUCUCCAAGGAUGCAUAUGUACUAGCAGGUUAUAAUGUGAAGAUAUCGACGAAGCAAAAAU